AUGGAAUCCUCCGGUCAUCACCAACCUUACGUCACUUCAACUUCCCAAAUCCAAAUUCGCAGAACAAGUCUCGUAAUUCGUUCACCUUCGACUUCAAUUUCCGAUAACUCCUCGCCUUAUUCUGGAGCUUAUGGGCAACACCAUCACCACCAUCUCCAUACGCACACGAUACGUGAAGAAUACACGUACUCCGUUCGAAUCCUGCAACGCUCCUCGAGUUCAUCAUCAUCCGACUCAACCAGAACACCUUCACCAGUGCUCCGUCCUCCUCCACCACAAAACACCCCGCCCCACGAAGAUAAUGGGAUCACGUACACCGAAGAUGCUUCAACCAGGCUCUCAAACAAAAUCCAGAGAAGAUGUUUCAACUGCGGAGAAACAAAAACAACUGCCUGGCGAAGAAGUCAAGACUAUCCUGGAAAACUUCUAUGCAACAAAUGCGGAUUGGCCGAGCGAAAACCCCCACCGACUCCAUUCCCAGAGAUCGUCGACUUGGAACAACGACAAGCAAAGUUCGCUAGCCGCGGUGGUGGUACUAUCAGCGCUUCCUCGAACUCAAACAAACCUCCUCCUCCGAUGUCAACCAUCGCUCAUGCUCGUUCGGGCGUCUUACCAAUGCAAGGCCGUCGUUGUAGAUAUUCGGCUGCGUCUACUCAAGGUCAGGGUAUGUUGCCAAAGGAUCAUGAAGCGACUUCGCACCCGAUUUCAAUAUUGUGA